GCCAACGUUCCUUUCCGGGGACUAUAAAGGGGCCGAUCGGCGCUGCGCGUCGCCACUGUGAGAACUGCUCGAGGAAAGCAAAAUGCGCGAGUGUAUCUCAGUCCACGUCGGCCAGGCCGGGUGCCAGAUCAACAACGCUUGCUGGGAGCUGUACUGUUUGGAACACGGCAUCCAACUGGAUGGACAGAUGCCCAGUGACAAGACCAUCGGAGGGGGCGGCGACUCCUUCAACAGCUUCAACAGGACGGCGGCGGGCAAGCACGUUCCUCGGACCGUCUUCAUCGACCUGGAACCCACCGUGGUCGAUGAGGUCCAGACCGGCACAUACCAGCAGCUCUUCCACCCCGAGCAGCUCAUCACCGGCAAGGAGGACGAGGCCAAUAACUACGCGCGGGGCCACUAUUCCAUCGGAAAGGAGAUCGUGGACCUGGUCCUGGAUCGCAUGCGGAAGCUGGUGGGCAUCAACUACCAGCCCCCGACCGUGGUGCCUGGCGGCGACCUAGCCAAGAUGCAGCGCGCCGUCUGCAUGCUGAGCACCACCACCGCCAUCUGCAUGGCCUGGACCCGGCUGAACCUCAAGUUCGACAAGAUGUACGCCAAACGGGCCUUCGUCCACUGGUAUGCGGGCGAGGGGCUGGAGCAGGGAGAGUUACAAGACGCUCGGGAGAACAUGGCCUCGCUGGAGAAGGAUUACCAAGAGGUGGCGAUGGAUUCCGCCGAGCUGGACAGAAGAGAGGAAGAAUAA